UUUAGGUGCUAGUGUUGGUGCAUUUGUUGCUUCAACAAAUGUAACAUGUACUCGUUUUUAUUCACGAGUUAUUUAUAAUCGUACAGCUCAAGAAUUAAUGGAUGGUUUACAACAAUGCAUGAGAGAUUCACUUAAAGAAUAUCAUCGAGUAAAUAAUGCAUUACCCGAAAAAAUUGUACUUUAUCGAGAUGGUGUUUCGGAUGGUCAAUUAGCUAUUGUAGCUGAACAUGAAUUACCACAAAUUAUUGAUACAUUUCCAAAAAUUAUGCCUGGAUAUCAACCAAAACUCGCAGUAAUUAUUGUUAAAAAGAAAGGUAAUGCUCGAUUUUUUGCUAAAAUGGGUAGUACAUCAAUGGUUAAUCCACCACCGGGUACAAUUAUUGAUCAUACUGUUACUAAUGCUGAAUGGUAUGACUUUUAUUUAAUUUCUCAAUGUGCUCGACAAGGAACAGUAGCACCAACACAUUAUAAUGUCAUAUGGGAUCGGACAAAUUUUAAAGUCGAUCAUAUGCAACGUCUUACUUUCAAACUUACUCAUUUAUAUUAUAAUUGGCCAGGAACAAUUCGUGUACCAGCUGUUUGUCAAUAUGCUCAUAAAUUAGCUUUUCUCGUUGGUCAAAGUUUACAUCAGGAUUUCAAUCCAGAACUUGCUGAUCGUCUUUUCUAUCUUUAA